AUGGAAGUCUACGUUGACGAAAUGCUGGUCAAAAGCCUCCAGGCGAAUGAACCCGUAAGUCACCUCGAACAAACCUUUCAGAUUCUUAGGAAAUACAAAAUGAAAUUGAACCCCCUCAAAUGCACCUUUGGUGUGGCUUCGGGUCAGUUUUUGGGGUACAUUGUGAACCAAAGGGGAAUCGAGGCAAAUUCGAUAAAGAUUGGGGCCUUACUAGAAAUGAGGUUGCCUCAGAAGCCUAAGGAGGUCCGGAGCCUCAAUGGUCGGAUAGCUGCGCUCAGUCGCUUCAUCUCCAGAGCUACUGAUAAGAGCCUACCUUUCUUCAAAGUGUUGAAGCAAGGGAAGAAUGCAGUUGUAGUUAGAGAAGAAGACGACCAUCAAUUGCCGGUAUACUAUGUCAGCAAAGCACUACUCCUAGUAGAAACCCUUUACCCGGACAUGGGAAAACUAGCACUCGCCCUCAUCACUGCAUCAAGGAAACUUAGGCCAUACUUCCAGGCCCACUCAAUCGAAGUUCUCACCAACUUCCCAUUGAAGCAGGUACUGCAGAGAACGGAGGCUUCGGGCCACCUGCUAAAAUGGGCAAUUGAGCUCAGUGAGUUCGACCUACUGUUCCAAUCCAAACAUGCCAUCAAGGGACAAGCCCUUGCAAAUUUUGUGGUUGAAUUUGUCGUAGCGCCAGAAGUGGAGACGACAAUGGAACCAGCCGAGCCCCCAACAUGGAACUUGUUCGUGGAUGGAUCCUCAAGAGAAACUAGCUUCGGAGCUGGGAUCGUCUUGGAAAACCCGGAAGGCCACAAGCUAAAUUGCACAAUCAGAGGGCUCCUGGCAAGCAAUGACUCUCAACUUGUGAUGAGUCAAGUCAACGGGAACUUUGCCACCAAAGACAGUAGCAUGACUGCAUAUUUAAGAUUGGUCCUGGACCUAUUCCCACAUUUCGAGAGGUUCAGAUUGAUCUAUGUCCCACGCAUCGAGAACACUCAUGCAAACGCUUUGUCAAAAUUGGUCAGCAACAAAAACUCAGAGCUGCUAAAGAUAGUCCCCAUUAAACACUUGUCAAAGCCCUCUAUCUCUAAAGUUGAAGAGUUACUAUGGAUAGAAAGUACCCCAGUAUGGAUGCAACCCAGCAUGGUCUAUCUUAAGGAUCAAUCACUAUCAGCUUCAAGAAGCAAUGCGAGGAAGUUAAGAAGGAGAGCCGCAAACUUCAUCCUACAUGAGGAUGUCCUCUACAAAAGAGGCUUUGCCUCACCACUUUUUCGAUGUGUAGAAGGGAAAUAA